GAUUAAAACUUCAUCAACAAAAGCCAGGUCCUCCCUCACUGUGCUUAGUGAUGCAUUGUGGGCUACCACAGUACUGUGGCUGCUCUCUGGGGCCCAGCUGAGGGGACAGUUUGCUCCCAAGCGCACAUCAAUGACCAGCUCCCCUCAGGAGAAAAGAACCGGAACCAGCCUCUGACCUGUCCAGACACCCUGCCCAACCAGCUGAAAAGACAGAGAAGAAUCCUCCUCAGCCUUCAGUGGACCCAUCUGCUGGAUUAAGGAGCCCCCGUGGAGCCAGGGGUGGCACAAGUAUCCAGCCUGCCGUGAAGAGGCCCCUGUAGAGACAUGGCAGGUAUCUGUGACAGGGCUCCUAACUUCCUCUCCCCAUCUGAAGACCAGGCCUUAGGACCUGCCCUGGGAAGCGCAGUUGCUUUGAAUUGCACAGCUUGGGUAGUCUCUAGGCCCCAGUGUCCACAACCUUCAGUACAGUGGCUAAAAGAUGGGCUGCCAUUGAGCAAUGGAAGUCACUUCAACCUCCAUCAGGACUUCUGGGUCAGCACCAAUUUCUCAGAGGUUGUAUCCAGUGUUCUGAUGCUCAACUUGACCAGUGUUGAGGACUAUGGAGCCUUCACCUGCUCUGUCUGGAACAUCAGCUCCUACUCUUUCACUCUCUGGAGAGCUGGCCCUGCUGGCCAUGUGGCUGCAGUGCUAGCCUCCCUCCUGGUCCUACUGGUUCUGCUGCUGGUGGCCCUGCUCUAUGUGAAGUGCCGCCUGAACGUGCUGCUUUGGUACCAAGACACCUAUGGGGAGGUGGAGAUGAACGAUGGAAAGCUCUACGACGCCUACGUGUCCUACAGUGACUGCCCCGAGGACCGCAAAUUCGUGAACUUCAUUCUGAAGCCUCAGCUGGAGCGGCGUCGGGGCUACAAACUCUUCCUGGACGACCGGGAUCUCUUGCCGCGAGCAGAACCCUCCGCAGACCUGCUGGUGAACCUGAGUCGCUGCAGGCGCCUCAUUGUGGUGCUUUCAGACGCCUUCCUCGGUCGGGCCUGGUGCAGCCAGAGCUUCCGGGAAGGGCUGUGCCGCCUCCUGGAGCUCACUCGCAGACCCAUCUUCAUUACCUUCGAGGGCCAGAGGCGCGAGCCCCAGCACCCUGCGCUCCGACUGCUGCGCCAACACCGCCACCUGGUGACCCUGCUGCUUUGGAAGCCCGGCUCCGUGAUGCCUUCCUCCGAUUUUUGGAAAGAGCUACAGCUCGCACUGCCACGGAAGGUGCAGUACAGGCCAGUGGAAGGAGACCCCCAGACCCGUUUACAAGAUGACAAGGAUCCCAUGCUGAUUGUGAGAGGACGAGCUGCUCAGGGCCGGGUCGUGGAGUCGGAGUUGGAUCCAGACCCAGAAGGAGACCUGGGUGUACGUGGGCCUGUCUUUGGGGAGCCACCAGCUCCACUGCAUUCAAGUGGGGUAUCCAUGGGAGAGGGCCAAGGCAGCGAGAUGGACGUCUCUGACCUUGGCUCACGGAACUAUGGUGCUCGAACAGACUUCUACUGCCUGGUGUCUGAAGAUGAUGUGUAACCCUUGCCCUGGUAACCCAGAGCACAGGAUCAUGGUGGCAGUUUCUGGGAUAGGGACAGGUACCCCUCCUGCCUAGAACCACAACCCUUGCCUGUAGCCCUGGGCCCCUCAGGGAAGGAGUGUGGCUCCAGGAUAUCACAAAGUAAAGUCCUCUUGACUCUUG